AUGAAGCAACCAGAACAGCUAAUCUUAACCCCUGGCUUCGUUCCGAUGAGCCCAGCAAAUGAAGCUAAACAAUUAGAAGUAAAAUCCCCAGCAACGAUUUUGAGAAAGAAAUACAAAAAAUUGUCACAAAAAAUAAUGUUCCCACCCAAAACACCUCACAAUACGACUCAAUACUUAAUUAAAGUGAAGCCAUCAAUAUUAAGCGACACCCAGCCACUAUUAGGAACAAUGCAUUCAUUUAAUCUCGAUCUUAUUUUAAAGUAA